UCGGAAGCGGUUGUAGGUUCAAAGAGUGGCGGGGCCCGGCGGGGCGCUGAGGAGCGCGCGUGGCGCUUCCUUCAACCUUCGGUAACCAUGGGGUCCUCAAAAGGGGACGAGGAGCAGGGUGUGAUCCUGAUCAGCGACGACGAAACUGAGAGCACGCUUGGGAGUUCGGUUCUGUUAGUAGACCCGUCAGAAAAGACCGCCGUGGAAGAGGAGAAAACUGAAGAGGUCGUAGACGAGGAAGGUGACCUCAUGGUUACAUUCUGUAAACAAGCAAAUGUGAUGCCCCACGCCAGAUACGACUGUACGCUACACCCAUUUGAGAGAAUGGAAUGUGAUACGUGCUCGCCUCUUGGAAAAAAUGCUGAUUUUUGCAGUCAGUGCUACUGCUACAUUUGUGAUAAACUAGCUUCUGAGUGCCAGAAUUGGAUGACCCCUUCCCUCUGUCACUGCAAUGCACAUAACAAAAGCAAAUUCUGGAAGGACCAGCGUGAUUUUGCCUUGGCUGGUGUUCUUGUAAUGUUCAAAUUGGAGCUCACGGAAAUAGACGCAGACCUUCGGCAUGGUGGAAGUCUUCUAAUAAAUUUUAUCCAGGAACUUUCUGUGGAAUAUAAUAAGUAUUUGAUUGGAGAAAAAAUACCUCCCAUACAACAUGAAUGCUUUUGUCUCCCAAAGUUACCUCCUGGCCAAUGCAAUAUCUGCAGAUCACGCAACCCGGAGGUUGUAUACAAGUACUCUGGAGUUUUUGCACUGGUAACAAGAUUUUUAAAUCAGGCAGAAAGAGAGAAUCCUAAAGCUACUGCUGUCAUGCUUCUGGGAGCAGCUAAAGAGCUAGCCCUUCAUAAAGACCCUGCUUUAAGCUGGCAGAACCUUGGUCAUAUUGAUUCGCUAAAGCUUGCUGUCCCGUAUUUGUUGCAAAGGAUCACAACACAACUUCAGAGGAUGCUGGUGUUGUGUGACUUCCCAAAAAAUUUAUAUGAGAAGUUUAUUAACUUUUUCCAGUCCAUUUCACUUCCGUGUCACUGUUUUGGCUUCUCAAAUAGCUUGAACGUCGUGCCAUGGGAUCAUGUCUUGCUAACCACUGUUCUAAAAGGCCAGAAUACCACUGGACAAAGAACACAGAAAGGAAGAAAAAUAUUUCUGUGGGAAGCGCUUCCUGUCAUACAGGCUCGAGUGGAGAAAUUAGUAGACAAAAUGAACUAUAAAGAAGUUGUUCGCUACCUGAGAGCUGUGAAAUGCAAUGAUACCAAAGGGUUAAGAGACCUUCGAGAUAAAAUCCCGUUCUAUUUGUGUAAAACUGGAGACUUCCUUGAUGCUGCGCAUUCUCUGUUGUUUCCCGUCAAUAGCCUUGCGUGCUGCACUGCCUGUCGGCUAACACCUUUUCAGUUUGAGGCCUACCUGAAGAUGUUCAGAACAGGCAGUGUCCCCACUGGAAAGGAUAUUCAAGACCCUGCGCCCUGGAUUACAACCGGGUCUCCAUUGAAGGAUGGCGUUCUAAUUAAGCAGGCACUCAAACUCCUGUACAGCAAUCUGUCACUAUACAGGAAUCCUAAAUGCUGGAGUUCCCUCAUCAUGAUUUUGGGUAGUAGCCGUUUGCUAGAAAAAAGUGGGCACCUACAUCCUCUGUCCCUGAAAGAGCCACCGCUUGACUUCCAAGAGGGGGUGCUGGCUGCCAGUGGCAGUCUCUUGCAGGAACUGAAGGCAAAAGUUAAUGUUUCUUUACCACCUGCUAUUUUCUCUCCUCAAUUACACCAUGAGGCUUGUCUUAUUCUCGCAGUGCAAGCAGUACAACAGAUGCUUUUCUGUGAUCUCCCAUACUUGACUUCCUUCCUAGAGAUAGCCCUGGCUUUUGGGAAUAACUUCUGGGCUCUGAGGCUGUUAUUGGAUCAUCUUUCCUAUCAGGAGCACAUUCUCCAUGGCACUGUCAAUCUGAUUUUGAGAGAUCUGAGUCGUCAGAAAGCAACAAUGCUAAAACUGUGGCAAAACCUUGGUCCCCAGUAUGUGGGUGAGUUCCUUUGCCUGUUCCUGACUUGCAGACAUAAGAAGAUGCAAUCUAUCGGUCUGUUCGCUCUGAAUAUAAUUACAGAAAACCUGCAUGUGUGUCCAUGGGCAAAGCACCUUUGCAGAUUCUUUCACAAUGUGGGAUUAAGGUAUCUGCCCCUUGGCACUGCAGCUCAUCAUGAAGUCUCAAAGUUCAUAAGCAUUUUUGAAAAACUAUAAUUUGCCACAACUUUCAAGCAUAUUUUUCAACUUGUAUUGACUGGACAUAUCUCUUGCUGGGUUCUUCAUUUUCUGUUUUGUCAUCUCUUCCCUCACUUAAAAACGUUCACCUAAGAACUGACCAGACAAAUCCAAAAAUUUUAGAUUUAGGUGGUGAAUAGUGGCUGUAUUUCAGCAGCUAUGUUCUGGAAAUGUCCUUUUUUCAGGCAUGUGUAUUAAGCUGUCAUUUAAAGAGGCAAGAGCUAUACACUGUAGGAAGAGCUGGCCUACAGAGAGAUGCUGAUCCGAGGCGGCGGAUGCAAGAGGUAUGAGAGGAGAGAAACACGGACAAAACAAAGCACCAGGAGUUUUUGCUUUUGAGUUGCACAGGUGGAUAGUUGUGUUCUGGGUGAGAAAGCUGCGGCAGAGCAACUGCUAAGAGAACAGUUAGAAAAGCUUCUCCAGUGAGGAAAAUUGCCUCUCCACAGGUGUACAACAGUAUACAUUAAUGCUGUUUGCACUCCUUGGUUUUCUUUAGUGCAUAAUUAUAAAAAAUAAACCACUCUUCAGUUAGUGUGGUUCAGCCUCAAGCUUUCUUAUUUGCUGCAAGAAAUCAGAAUCAAGAAAGCCAUAACCUGUUUUUUGUACUUAAAAAAAAAAAAAAAUCUAGUUUUUUGAGGUUUUCUAAUUGUGGGGCUUUUUUAUAUUCUACAAUAGGUGACAAACUGGUGCUGAUGGCUGUCUUGUGUUUUUUUUUUUUUUGAAGCCUGAACUGUGAAGGUAGAAAUAGAAAUAUUUCUAGCCUCGUUGUACUGUUCUUUGCCCCCUGCCUGCUACCUGUCUGCAUUGGUUUGGCAGUUGGGAUAAAGUUAUACCGCAUUUUGUUAUCCAAAAUGAGUUGUUAUUCAAGUCUUCCACAAAAAAAAAUACAUGCAUCUAAAAUUACUUGAGGUUUAAUAAAACUUUUGUAGAAAU